CACAAAUAUUGACAAACAACUACCUCAAACCUUGGUGUAGAUAGUGGUUUCGCCGUCCUCGCCAACGUCAACGCCUCAAGAACAAGUCAAUCUCAAAAUGGGCCUCAAAGAAUUCCAGGUCGUCGGACGUCACUUACCUACCACCAAUGAUCCCAACCCCAAAAUCUAUCGCAUGCGCAUCUUUGCUCCUAAUGAAGUUGUUGCAAAAUCCCGGUUCUGGUAUUUCCUCAGGCAAUUGAAGAAGGUCAAGAAAGCCAGUGGUGAAAUCAUUGGUGUCAACGUUAUACAUGAGGCAAAACCUCUGAAGGUCAAGAACUUCGGUAUCUGGCUCCGUUACGACUCGCGAUCGGGAACCCACAACAUGUACAAGGAGUUCCGUGACCUCUCCCGUGCUGAUGCAGUCAAAAGCCUUUACCAGGACAUGGCUGCCAGGCAUCGUGCCCGCUUCCGGUCGAUCCACAUCCUCCGUGUUGUUGAGAUCGCUAAGACUGAUGAUGUCCGCCGCCCGUACAUCAAGCAGCUCCUUACCCCCAACCUCAAGUUCCCCCUUCCCCACCGUGUUGGCAAAUCUGCUGCGACAUUCGUCGCUCAUCGUCCUUCUACUUUCUGAUUGUCUGUUACGAUUGAAGGCGCCACGGAGUAUGGAUUUGCAUGCAUACCUAAGUACGGGUUCAUAUGUAAAAUUUCUUCGUCCUGCAAUGGUCGAUAUUCAUAUGCAUAUAUGACAUCCAAGCUCAUGAUUUUAAUCCUUUGCGCGAUCUGUAGGUGAUCGGAACUUGACAAUGUGGCACGUCCUAUAUCGCGGGUGAUUCUACCUGUGGUUGACCAUUCUAGUCUGCA